GCGAGAUGGCCGAGCUGGCGGCACUCGUGCGGGAACAUGUGCGCACCAUGGACAUCCGCCAUCUGCAGUCCCUCUCGGAGGAGAGCUUCCAGCGCCACAAAGGGAGCAGCGACUCGGAGCCGGACGUCACGUCGGAGGAGUCUGAGGCCCUGUUUGUUUCUAGCGAUGAGCGCAACACCUCCUCCGAGUGGACAGACGAGCAAGAGGGAGAGUGCUCCGAAGAGCAGUCCACAGAGCAGCCCGACCCGAAGAAUCAGGCUAAGAUCAACUUUAAUAGAGUGGAAACGGAGGAGGAGCAGCCGGCAGGGGCAGGGGCAGGGGCAGUGGCAGGAGCAGCGGCAGUAGAAGCGGCAGUCGAAGGAGUCAUGUACCUUCUGGAUGACAUCCAGGAGGCCAAACGCGUGGCGCGUGGUUCCCGCAACGCCGUGCGACAGCAGCUGCGGCGCUUGCAGGCCGCCAGGAAGGAGGCGCACGAGCAGCGGGUGCACCGUCGCACCGUUAUGCGGCAGAGGCCCGCCGAGCAGCCUGAGAAGAAGCGCCGCAAGAGCAGGAAGACAGUGAUGGGCGUCUUCAGUAUGAAGGUGGAGCCCGAGCCGGAAGACGACGAAGAUAAGAUCGUGGACAGGCGAAACAAGGAGAAGGUGCUGGAGCGCCUCCGUCGCUACGACUUCCCCUCGGAGCACUGCCAUCACAUCGACCUGAGCUUUGUGCGCUUCUUCGAUAACCUCGUCUCGUUCACCCUCGAGUUCCUGGGGCCACACAUGGGGCGCGACUUCCACAAGCGGCACCUGCGGUUCUCCACCGAGGACGUGGUGCGGCUGGCCAGGGGCCUCCAGGAGCUCGACAAGCUGCAGAUCUUCCGCCUGCGCAACAGCCGCAUGGACCAUCUCAAGCUGCACGUCCUCUGCCGUGUCCUCAAGAACCUGAAGGCCUUGGAAGUGAUUGAUUCGCCCGUCCAGCCCGGAUUACAGAUGCAGGCCCCGUUCUCGGGCUCGCACUUGCCACCGUUCUCACAGCGGCACUCCUCCAAGCAGCUGGCGCCAAAGCGCCCCUCCGGACAGACAUCGGCGAACCUGGCGCCCGUAUAGCCCUUGGCGCACUCGCACUCCCCGCUGAAGGGCUCGCAGAGGGCGUUGUUCAGGCAGUCGCACUGCAUCGAGCAGUUCCUUCCGUACCAGCCAGAACAGGACUAGACGUUAUACAGGAUGUUGCGACAGUUAGAGAACAGCCAGGGCGUGGUCAUGAGCACG